GAUCUCAAAAUCAACAAAAUCCCAAACAAAACACUUCAAAAUGAAGAUUUGGACCUUCACGGUUUUCUCUCUAUUGCUGUCCCUUUUACUAGGAUGCUCAGCUGAGCAGUGUGGAAGCCAGGCUGGGGGUGCCCUGUGUCCGGGAGGUCUAUGUUGUAGCCAAUUUGGUUGGUGUGGCAAAAAUAAUGAUUACUGUGGUACCGGCUGCCAAAGCCAGUGCGGUGGUGCGGGCGGAGGAGACCUUGGCAGUAUCAUCUCAAGUGCGAAGUUUGAUGAGAUGCUUAAACAUAGAAAUGAUGGUGGAUGCCCUGGCAAGGGAUUCUACACUUACAAUGCUUUCAUCUCAGCUGCCAAUGCCUUCCCUGGCUUCGGCACUACUGGUGAUGCUGGCACUCGUAAAAGGGAGAUCGCUGCUUUCUUGGGCCAAACCUCUCAUGAAACAACUGGAGGGUGGCAAACUGCACCUGAUGGUCCAUACGCUUGGGGAUAUUGCUUUGUCAAGGAACAAAAUCCUGGAUCUUAUUGUUCUCCGAGUUCCACAUAUCCAUGUGCUGGUGGCAAGCAAUAUUAUGGCAGAGGUCCAGUCCAACUUUCAUGGAACUACAACUACGGGCAGUGUGGAAAAGCUAUAGGAGUGGAUCUAUUAAACAAUCCUGAUCUGGUUGCAACCGAUCCAGUAAUUUCCUUCAAGACAGCAAUUUGGUUUUGGAUGACAGCACAGUCUCCAAAGCCCUCAUGCCAUAGUGUCAUCACUGGGAAUUGGUCACCUUCCGGUGCUGAUACGGCUGCUGGUCGGGUUCCAGGCUACGGUGUGUUAACAAACAUUAUCAAUGGUGGGCUUGAAUGUGGUAUGGGGUGGAAGCAACAGGUGGAGGAUCGUAUUGGGUUCUACAAGAGGUACUGUGACUUGCUUGGAGUUGGAUAUGGCAACAAUCUUGACUGCUACAACCAGAGGUCAUUUGCAAAUGGACUCUUGGACUUGGUAGACUCCAUGUAAUUUUGUCACAUCCUUCUGUAAUCUGAAUGCCUGACAAAAUAUAGAAAUAAAACGUUUCCUGUUCUGAGUCAAAUAAAAAA